CAUAAUCGCGUACAGGUACAGGAACAGAGUGUUUGUUAGGGUUUUGGAGCUCAUCAUCUCCCAAAUUCUUCUGCGGUCGUCUUCAUCUUGCUGUGAGCUUAGCCUCGGAAGCGAGACAGAGAGAGACCGCGCCGAUGGAGGGAGGAGACGAAGCGGCCAUCGAGAGGAUGGUGGACUCCAAGGACCUGCAACAGCAGAGCAAGGCACUCGAUAAGCUCACCGACCAUGUCGAAGAUCGCCAGCUCGAUUCUACUCGCGUUCAAGAGGCGAUGGCAUCAAUUGCUGCAUCCGCAGAAGCUGAUAGGAAUGCCAUGAGGAUGAGGGAGAAAGAAUUGGCUGCUGUCAAGAUCAAUGCAGCUGAUGUUGACAUAAUCGCUAACGAACUUGAGCUGGACCGAAAGGUGGCUGAAAGGACCUUGCGAGAGCAUAAAGGUGAUGCUGUUGCUGCAAUUCGUUCCUUGCUUCGAUAAAUCGCACGAAGAAUGGGCAUUUGUAAUUUUUCUGAGGACUCUCCGACUUGCCAUGACACUGUGCAAGUUGGAUCCAGAGCUAUAUGAGUCAUACUUCUUUUUGGAUGUAUGGCUUGCUUACUAUGA